CUUCACCAUAUUGGGUUCUACUGUAUUUGAAGAGAAUAUCAAGACUUCUUUAAACACCCAACAUGGCGUCCUCUACGUCGACAUCGUCAGAAGCUGCAAAGCCCUUCGACAUUGUCGCAACCUACAAUGGAUUGCUUCGCUCCGACCCGGAUCUGACUAUGCCAAUUGCUGCCAUCGAAGCUUUGGUGUUACUUCUUACACAUUCUCCUUCAUCGACGAUAUCAGAAACCCUCGACUUACUGGAAAAGUCUACCGCCCACCUCAAGAAGUCGAUCAAAAAUCCCAUUGGCCUCUCUGCUGGAACCGAUCUCUUUCAACGAUACCUGAUUACGACGCUACAGAGACCAGGGCAACUAGGGCCCGCUGGAGAUUUCAAUGCCAUCAGAGCGCAUCUUCUCUCGAACGGUCGGUUGUUCAUUAGACGUGCAAAGGAAAGCCGAGACAAGAUUGCUACGUUUGGAAGAGGAUUCGUUCGCGAUGGAAGCACAGUAUUGACGAACGGUGGAUCUCGAGUCGUCGCUUCGCUAUUGCAGAAAGCUGCCGAUGACAAGGGUGGGCCUUCUGCUGUUCGUUUCCGUGUGAUAUAUGUCCUCUCCCCCGCGAAGGAUUCCUCCGCAGAGCCUGAGGGUAUGGAAACAGUGCGCGCACUGAGGGCAAAGGGUGUUCCGGUGGCUACAAUUCCGGAAUCGGCUGUCGCAUACUCUCUCGGAAAGGCGGACAUAGUAAUCGUGGGCGCGGAAGGUGUGGUAGAAAACGGAGGCAUCGUGUCACGCAUGGGAACCUACCAAAUCGGCCUUCUUGCCAAAGCCAUGUCGAAGCCUUUCUACGCCGUUGCGGAAAGCCACAAGUUUGUCCGCCUGUAUCCGCUUGGACAAUAUGACUUGCCCAUUGAACAACGCGUCAUUGAUUUUAACACUGAAGAAGAUAUCACUAAUGGGGACAAGCCACAGUCGGUAGCUCAUAGCUCGGAUGUGGUCGACUUCACACCGCCUCAUCUAAUAUCCGCAUUGAUUACAGACAGUGGUGUCCUAACACCAAGUGCUGUUAGUGAAGAGUUGAUUAAGAUAUGGUUCUAAAGAACCUGAGACUACGGGAUGUCGGUAGAUGUCGUGACUUCGGGGUGCAGAUCCGGCGGUUGGCCUUAAUGCGCUAUGUGCCCCACUUCACGGUAGGGCGCAGUGUAUUUCGACGGAACUGAAGAAGUCCCAAGUGAAA